GCGCUUACUCACCAAUAAUCGGUGAUGCAAUAAGCAUCUCGGAGAAGCAGACUUCGUGGGUUUGACAGAUCAUAGUUCAUCAACAACCAUACGCCUUAUGAUAAGGAAACCUGCAUUCAAUGUGAACAGUCGAAAACCGCUACAAACAUGGCAUCUGGGCGUAAUGAACCAGCAUUUUCUAGAGGGACACACACCUUGGUAGUCCCGAUGCAGUUGUUCAAGGAAAAUCGUGAGAGACUUUGCGAACGUUUGAGAAAGAACAGUAAGAUUCCUUCAGGGGCCAUUGUGGUUCUGCAGGGCGGGGAAGCUGUGACAAGACACUGCUCAGACCAUGAGCCUCUGUUCAGACAGGAAUCGUUUUUCCAUUGGACCUUUGGUGUCGAGGAAGCGGAUUUUUACGGUGCCGUGGAAGUGGAUACUGGCAAGGCCUUCUUGUUUCCACCUAAGCUUCCAGAAGCAUAUGCUGUGUGGAUGGGAAAACUGUUGACAGAAGAAGACUUUAAGACAAGGUAUCAGGUGGAGGAGGUCUAUUUUCUGCCAGAGAUUGCAGAUGUUUUGACCAAAAAGUCGCCAUCAGUUUUACUUACAUUGAAAGGGUUGAACACAGACAGCGGCAAGUACAGCCGAGAGGCUGCAUUUGACGGCAUCAGUCAGUUCAAAGUUGACAGUGAGUUGCUUCAUCCUGAGAUUUGUGAAUGCCGAGUGUUCAAGUCUGAUCUAGAGUUAGAGGUUCUACGGUACGCAAACCGGAUCAGCAGUGAGGCACACAAGUCGGUGAUGGCAAACAUUCGACCAGGAAUGUACGAGUACCAGCUAGAGAGUCUUUUUCAACAUUUCUGCUACUUCCAAGGUGGACUUCGAAACCUAGCUUAUACAUGCAUUUGCGGAAGUGGAGACAAUGGUUCGGUGCUGCACUAUGGCCAUGCUGGUGUCCCCAAUAGCAAACAGCUCCAGGAAGGAGACAUGUGCCUUCUGGACAUGGGAGGGGAGUACUACUGCUACACGUCGGACAUCACUUGUUCCUACCCCUGCAAUGGCAAAUUCACAGAGAGGCAGAGGGGAAUCUACAACGCCGUCUACAAGGCCAGCAGGGCGGUCAUGGAGUCUGUCAAACCAGGUGUGUCAUGGGUGGAGAUGCACAGGCUAGCAAAUCGUGUCCAGCUGGAGGAGUUGACUAGACUCGGACUGCUGACGGGGGACGUGGGAGAGAUGAUGAAGGUAAACCUUGGUGCUGUCUUCAUGCCCCACGGUCUCGGACACUUCAUGGGUAUCGACACCCAUGAUGUCGGAGGGUAUCCUGAGGGCACUGAGCGUAUUCCGGAGCCUGGACUGCGUAGCCUGCGCACAGUGCGUAAUCUGGAACACAGGAUGGUCCUCACAAUAGAGCCCGGCAUCUACUUUAUCAAUGUGUUGCUAGACCAAGCCCUGAGCAACCCAGACCAUGCAAAGUUCAUGUGCAGAGAAGUUAUCGACCAGUACCGAGAAUUUGGAGGGGUUCGGAUUGAAGAUGACAUCGCUGUGACAGAAGACGGGAUGGAGUGUCUGACCGUGGUGCCUCGGACAGUGGAGGAGAUUGAAAAGUACAUGGCAGAGGCUUCCCAAGGCCCACAGGUGCCCCUGCCACAGGAUAUGGCAAAGCUGUCUCUGUAGAAGGUUGUCUUCCAUUGACAUGGCAUAGAAAAUUCCCCCUGCCACAGGAUAUGGAAAAUAAUCUGUGUAGAAUGUGACCCUGCUGCUGGGUUUGAAAAACUGACUCCACUUGUAGAAUGCAGUUGGCUGUGGUCAGUGAAUAUGAUACAACUAUUUGCUUGUGAUAUUUUUCUGCUUUGUUAUUGAUGCCAUCAUUUUAAAUAUUGGUAUGUUGACUUUCAUGAAUUUUUGUAAGUAUGAUUAUGCAAAUAUUGAUUUGUUGUUAUGUAUACUACUAAAACAGUAUCUUUACUAUUUUUAAAUCAACUGAUCUAAAAAACUGUUGUUGAAUCAUGGUCUUGUUAUUUAUAUGUAUGCACCAAUUGUGGUGUUAAAAUUAUGCAAGCAUAUUAGUUAAAACAUUUAUUUGCAUAAUAUGGGAUUGGAAUAAGUUUUUACAUUAUCUGGUUUGUCUUCCAUUCCUCUCCCAUGCACGAUUAGAACAUUAUUGUUAACAUAGUUCAUAUAACGAGAGUGAUUCAGGAUAUUAUGUGUUUCAACAAUUGCACAAGUGACCAUCAACAAGUGUCAGCAAGGAUUGCGAAAUACGGACUUCUUCAGGAACACCGCCCCACACCUCAAGUUAGAAUGCCUUCAGCAAUGCCAUGAAUAUUCAUCCAUUCAUAUUGAACAUGCUUAUCAGUAAUACAUUUUGUUUUACACGUGCAAAUGAACAUCAAAAAUUACUCGUUGACAUAAAUGUUUGAAGUCCUCAUAUGUACCUUAAAGUAGUCAUCAAAAUUAAUGUGAAUAUUUAUCAAUAAAUUUCUAAUAACAA